GGGGCGGCUGCGGGGCGCUGGUUGGCUGGUCCGCGCCGUCCCCGCGCCGCCGCCCCCUCCCGCCUCCCACGGCCCGCCCUCCCCGCGGCGGCUGGCGUCGGGAAAGUACAGCGAAAGUCCGAGCGCGCGGCCGGGGAGAUGGGGUCCGGCUCCUCCAGCUACCGGCCCAAGGCCAUCUACUUGGACAUCGAUGGGCGCAUCCAGAAGGUGGUCUUCAGCAAGUACUGUAACUCCAGUGACAUCAUGGACCUGUUCUGCAUCGCCACCGGCCUGCCCCGGAACACGACCAUCUCUCUGCUGACUGCGGACGACGCCAUGGUGUCCAUCGACCCCACCAUGCCGGCCAAUUCCGAACGCACCCCCUACAAAGUGAGACCCGUGGCCGUCAAGCAGCUGUCUGAGAAAGAAGAAUUAAUCCAGAGCGUGCUGACACAGGUGGCAGAGCAGUUCUCCAGAGCAUUUAAAAUCAACGAACUGAAAGCUGAAGUCGCGAACCACUUGGCCGAGCUAGAGAAGCGAGUGGACUUGGAAGGCCUGAAAGUGCUGGAGGUCGAGAAAUGCAAGAGUGACAUCAAAAAGAUGCGGGAGGAGCUGGCGGCCAGAAGCAGCAGGACCAGCUGUCCCUGUAGGUACAGUUUUGUGGACAAGAAGCUGAGCCCUCCGCGUGAUGUCCCCACGUACCCCAAGUACCUGCUCUCUCCGGAGACCAUCGAAGCUCUCAGGAAACCCACCUUCGACGUCUGGCUCUGGGAGCCCAACGAGAUGCUGAGCUGCUUGGAGCACAUGUACCAUGACCUGGGCCUGGUCAGAGACUUCUCCAUCAACCCCAUCACGCUCCGGAGGUGGCUGCUCUGCGUGCAGGACAACUACAGGAACAACCCCUUCCACAACUUCCGGCACUGCUUCUGCGUGGCCCAGAUGAUGUACAGCAUGGUCUGGCUCUGCGGGCUCCAGGAGAAGUUUUCCCAAAUGGACAUCUUGAUUCUAAUGACCGCCGCCAUCUGCCAUGAUUUGGACCACCCGGGGUACAACAACACGUACCAGAUCAACGCCCGCACGGAGCUGGCCGUCCGCUACAACGACAUCUCACCCCUGGAGAACCAUCACUGUGCCGUGGCCUUUCAGAUCCUCGCCCGGCCCGAGUGCAACAUCUUUGCCAACGUGCAGCCCGACGGGUUCAAGCAGAUCCGACAGGGGAUGAUCACGUUAAUUUUAGCCACUGACAUGGCAAGACACGCAGAAAUUAUGGAUUCUUUCAAAGAAACGAUGGAGAAUUUUGACUACAGCAACGAGGAGCACAUGACCCUCCUGAAGAUGAUCCUGAUCAAAUGCUGUGACAUCUCCAACGAGGUCCGUCCGAUGGAAGUCGCGGAGCCCUGGGUGGACUGCUUGUUGGAGGAGUACUUCAUGCAGAGCGACCGCGAGAAGUCCGAGGGCCUUCCCGUGGCCCCUUUCAUGGACCGGGACAAAGUGACCAAAGCCACGGCCCAAAUCGGGUUCAUCAAGUUUGUCCUGAUCCCAAUGUUCGAAAUGGUGACCAAGCUCUUCCCUGUGGCCGAGGAACUCAUGCUCCAGCCCCUGUGGGAAUCCAGAGAUCGCUACGAGGAGCUGAAGCAGCUGGACGACGCGGCCAAGGAGAAGACGCAGGGCCUGACGUCCGGGGACACCGACGCACCCAGGGAGGAAAGCAGAGACAGGAGGAAGAGCGAAGAGAGGGCCAUCCUGAACUGAUAUCUUGGUGCUUCCGUUCACAGACCGCGGCUCUGAAGGAAGGGGACACGCUUUGGCUCUCAGCACAGGAUCGGUCAGAACACGCAGGCCACCUACAAGGGACAGCACGUGAAAGCUUCCCAGAAACGCAGUGUCGCUUACACGGCUACCAGCCCCUUCGGCCUGACGGUCACUGGAGAGUGUCUCGGCUACACAGAAUGCCGGGCACAGGGCAUGGGAGGCAGGGUCUGACUUUGUACCUAGGGGCAGGGACAGGCACGGGCCCCCGACAGGCCCCACUGAGCUUAGGACAAGCAGAGUGAUCUGCACAAAUGUCUCUACCUCUCUGAGCCCCCGAGCCUGACUCUCCCCUCCAGCGGGAAUAAUCUCAUCACUAUGGUUUUGUCCACUGAAUGAGCAGAAUGCAGGGACGCCUCCCGGGCUCGUAAACACGGGCAUUUCAUCGCCCGGGCACAUCGUAUUUUCCGGGGGUUCAGAAGAGGGAUCAGAAUUGUUUUAUUUGGCCUAAAUGUGCUCGACGGCGUUUUCAGUCUCAACAGAAGCUUUUCACUCUUCCUUU